AUGAACACCAAUUUCUCAACCAAGAAAAAACCCUUAAAGAGAACUAAGAAAACUAACAACUCUAUAGCCUCUGACCCCGUACAAUAUCCCAAGGAAAAUGACAUCUUUGAAAUUCAACAUUUCCAAAAUAUAAUGGAUCAAGCAAAAAUUGAAUUUCAAAGAGAAAAACAAAAUUAUAUAAACAAAAACAAACAAUUGGCUAAACAUGUUUCUUUAUUAAUGAUGAAAUGUACAGAUAUGGAAAAAAAAAUAAGUACUUUGAUUAAUCAAAAUAUGCAAUUGUGUUCUAAAUUAACUUUGGGUACUAUAGAAUAUAAAAAAAAAUUAGAAACGAAUUUAAAUAUUAUAGAGUCAGGGAUAAUACAAAGGAUAGACGAAAUAUUUCUUAUGUUUAAUAGGGUCAAACAAAGAGAAGGACUAACCAAUCCACCAAUGUUUAAAUGUGUUGAUCUACAUCAAUCUACCUCUACAAGUAAUAAGGGAACUUUAAGGGGUAUUUUAAAAUCCAGCGAAUCCCCAGCUUCUUUAUCACCGGAUUCAUUUAUGUCACCAAAUCGUCGUACUAGCAAAAAGCAUAGCAUAACAUUUGAAGAUGAACUUUUGUUUGAUGAUAAAGAUACCUCUAAUGAAACAAUUAAUGAUACUAAUACUUUAACAACAUCCAGCAAUAUUCAACAUGCUCAAAUACACGAGGUACCGGAGAAGGAACCACCAGAUGAUAAUAUUCGUAGAAAAAGAAGGAAAAGUUCCAGAAGAGAUUCUUUAUUUAUACCGUCAGAUUUUGAGUUUGAUGAUGACAACAGCGUAGAUAAAAAUAAACAUGUUGAACAAAAAGAUAUUAAAGAUUUUAACAAAGGUGAUGAAAAGAAUAUCAACGAAGAAAAAAAAGAUAACCAUGUUGACAGAGCAUAUAACGAUACUGAAGUAUUAAGUAACGAAAAGGAAUAUUUUGGAAAAGUGACUAGUUCAGAGGAAUACAAUCUUGUAAAAUCAAAUGCUUUGCCAAUUGAUAAAAAUUACGAAAAUACCAUUAACGGCAACGAUGGUAACGGUAAUAAGGAUGGAGAAUCAAUUACUUGUAAUUUUUCUUUUAUGGAUUCGUCUAUUCCAGAAGAUAGUAUGGUAUCUAGUGAUCAUGGCAGUCAGAAUACGACUUCUAAAAAUUCAAAAACACAUGGAACAGAAGAACUUUUUGGAAAAAAUAUGAAAAAUGACAUUUCUAACGACACAGAUAUCAACACUAAUAAAAACCAUAGGUCACUUGAAUCCAAAAUAUUGCACUCAAUGAAAUCUCGUCCAAGCAAGAAAAAUGCCAAAUCUGAUGAUGCGAUGCCAAGUUUGGCAAAUUCCAAUGUGUUAACAAAUGGUGACCAUAUAGGACCAAGGAGGACUAGAGGAAAGACUGUCGAUUAUAAGUUGCCUUCAUUAAGAGCGAAAAUGAGAAGGCCUACGGAAAAAUUAGUUGAUGCUACGACAGUUAUAGACAUACAUGAACUUGAAGUCAAAAAAAACUUUAAAAAGACGGGGAAAAAAAAAACAGAACAAACCAAUGAUUUUUUUGCUUCUGUCUCCUAUGAAAACCCAAAUCCUUCAUUUACUUUAAGGAUAACAGCGAAAAAUAGAGAAUUAGUUGAUAUAAAAUUUACAAACUUAAAGUUGAGUGAUAUAUUGGCGAAGCUUUCUUUGCCUGACAAGAUACCCCCACAGUCUGAAGGCACUAACAUUGACUCAAGUUACGUAGGUUUAGAUGUUCAGACAAAUGCAAUGGAGAGAAUCGCAUUAAGCGAGGUCCAUCAAAAUAAGACGAGAAUUCCUCUGAAGGAGGUUUCCCCAAACAAAAAAUCAAUUGUGAAUGACAAGAAAAGUUUAAAAAAAAAUAUGCAUGCUUCUCCCCUUGAAAAUACGAAUUUGAUAAAAUCAUUAUUAAACACAACCUCAAAAGCAAAAAAAGGCACAAAAAAUAGUGGUAUUACGAGUGUUAAUAAAACCAAGAAACUACUAAAUAGGCCUGUUGUUAAUUUCCUGGAGGAUGAAACGGUAGCUCAAGCUAAAAAUGAUGGAAAUGGUAAGGUGUAUAAAAAAAAUUAUUCUAUUUCCUCUUUAGAAAUCGACAAACUGCGGAUGAGCGAGAACGAUUUAUCUGUUUUUGAUAUACUAGAUGAUUUGCAUUUAAAUUCAGUCUCUAAAAAUCGCAAUAGAAAAUAUUUUAAGCAUAGGUAA